AUGGUCGAAAGCAAAUUAUAUCAACAAAAUCCAAUACAGGACCAACUUAAACCUCCACUCUCCACUGAUUUAACAGCUCCUUCUUCAUUCUUGGAAUCAACUGCAAACUUUCCAUCCAGUUCUGAAGAAUCUCCAUCCAGAGAGGAGUGGGUUUUCCGUGACAAUCGUUCUCUCAUUCAUUCUAAUCAUGAAUUGGGAAGUAGUGUCCACUCAAUCGUCUUCCAAAAAGCAAAGGACUCUUACUAUUGGGAUGUUAACAAUGUUCAAUAUUUAGACAUGAUUGGUGGAUUACACACGUGUCAUAUUGGUCAUGGUAGAGAAGAAAUGGCUCAAGUUGCUUACAACCAAAUGAAAACAAUGGAAUUUGCUCCCAAUAUUUACAAUUAUUCUCAUUCAAGUGCUAUCAAGUGUGCUGAAAAGUUAGUAUCCAUUACCAAACAUGAGUAUCCGUCCAUGGAGAGGGUUUAUUUCACAUCUGGUGGAAGUGAGGCAGUGGAAGCUUCAAUCCACCUUGCUGAGAGAUACUGGUCCUUGUUAAAUAAUAGUCAAACAAAGAAGAAGAUUAUCUCAUUCAGAAAUUGCUAUCAUGGCUCCACUUUCGUCAGCUCUUCACUCAAUGAGCAAGUUGGAAAGGAUGAGUAUGGUUAUCAGAAUCUCAAAGGCCCAACCGAUCGUUUCUCAAAGGAUAGCAUCUUUUUGAGUAUUGAUUUCCCUCAUGAUUUUAUUGUUAAUUCCUUCCAGAAACACACUCAACAUGCAAAUAAUGGUUUCUUCAUUGCUGAACAAUUGGAAAAUCUCAUCAAACUUGAAGGUCCAGAAAAUAUUGCAGCAUUCAUUGCAGAACCAAUUCAAGGAGUGAAUGGAGCUCUUGAACCACAUAAGGAUUUCUUCCCAUUAGCCAGAAGAAUUUGUGACAAGUAUGGUGUUCUACUCAUUGCAGAUGAAGUCAUGACAGGAUUUGGUAAAACUGGUAAAUGGUUUGGUCUCUCUCAUUAUGGAAUUGAGCCAGAUAUUGUUGUUUUUGGAAAGGGAGUCACUAGUGGCUAUCUUCCAUUGGGAGGAAUGAUGCUAGCAAGACACCUAUGUCAAGUUCUCUUCAAGGCAAAUAUUGAACAUCCAUUCCUUCAUGAAUUUACCUUCUCUGGACAUCCAGUAUGUUGUGAAAUUGUAAUGAAGAAUUUAGAGAUUAUGUUCGAUGAAAAUCUUGUACAGAGAGCUGCAGUGAUGGGAACUCAACUCAAAUCCACACUCGUUCAAAGACUUCAGGGCAUUCCACAUUUCAAGGAAGUUAGUGGAAUGGGUUUCAUGCUUGGAUUGAUUUUCGAUGAACAUGUAAGUGCCAAGAGAAUCCAUGAAGAAUUGGCAACCUGUUAUCACAUUCUCGUAGAUUAUUCCAGACAAAAUGAUAGAGUUGUUCUCAUCACUCCACCCUUCAAUAUUCAUGAAAGAGAUUUGAAUAUAUUCGUCGAUAGUAUCGAACAAUGUGUUAGAAACAUUGUCAACACUCAACAAUCCACCUAUCAUUAA